AUGGCCUCCAGAAUCGCCCCCAAGUUCGCCCAGAUGGCUGCCCGCCCUGCUGCCUUCCGCGCUGUCCAGCCCAAGGUCGCCCAGCGCGCCUUCUCUGGUCUCCGCCAGGCCACUUUCGUCCGCCCCCAGGCCGUCUCCAUGGCCCAGAAGGUCGCCCCUGCCGCCCGCCGCGCCUACUCCUCCGAGAUGGCCAACGCCCUCGUCCAGGUCUCCCAGAACAUUGGUAUGGGUAACGCUNNGCCAUCGGUCUCGGUGGUGCCGGUAUCGGUAUCGGUCUCGUUUUCGCUGCCCUCCUCCAGGGUGUUGCCCGCAACCCCUCUCUCCGUGGUCAGCUCUUCUCUUACGCCAUUCUUGGUUUCGCCUUCGUCGAGGCCAUCGGUCUUUUCGACCUGA